AUGGGGAAUGACCAGUCCCUUAAGAAGGGCAUGAAGCUUGGUGUCCAGUGUGAGGUGCACCUGGUGGAGUCCGGGGGAGGCCUGAGUCAGCCUGGGGGGUCUCUGAGACUCGCCUGUGCAGCCUCUGGAUUCACCUUCAGCGAUUAUAGCAUGUACUGGGUCCGCCAGGCUCCAGGGAAGGGCCUGCAGUGGGUCUCACGUAUUAGCAGUGGUAGUGGUGGUAGCACAUACUAUGCAGACUCCGUGAAGGGUCGAUUCACCGUCUCCAGAGACAACGCCAAGAACACAUUCUAUCUGCAAAUGAACAGUCUGAAAGUCGAGGACACGGCCGUGUAUUACUGUGUGGCAGACACAUGCUUUCCUUCCCAACCUCCUUCCAAGACGGUGUCUGUCAAAGUCCUUGCCCUCCUCAUGGCUGUUCUCCCAGGUGUCUAUGCCCAGGUGCAGCUGGUGCAGUCUGAAGCAGAGGUGAAGAGACCUGGGAAGUCUCUGAAGAUCUCCUGCAAGGCAUCUGGAUACAGCUUUACUAGCGAGUGGAUCAGCUGGGUGCAGCAGAUUCCCGGAAAAGGCUUGGAGUGGGUGGGAGACAUAUAUCCUGGUGGUUCUGAUCCCAGGUACAGCCCAUCAUUCCAAGGCCAAGUCACCAUCUCCAGAGACAACUCCAUCCGCACCACCUUCCUGAGGUGGAGCAGCCUGAAGGCCACGGACACAGCCAUGUAUUACUGUGCGAGGGGCACAGAGUGA